GGGUGUUGCAGUGCAGCUGCCUGCUGGCAGCCCGGCCAGGAACCGCUGGAAGAGGCACGGGAGAAAUUUAAAGUGUUUCUGCUGUUUGCUGAACUGGAGGCAACUGAAAGUCUCAGGCUGUGCACAUCACUACAGUGAAAAUCCUUGGAAAUUCUUCAGUUUCAUCCUGCUGCUUAAUAAAACAGAGCAGUGGUCAAGACAACACAAGGAGGAAGAACAACUUUGUGUGCUUCAUGGGUCAGAUGUCAUUCAUAUAGCUGUGGAAGGCUUUAUCAGCUCUUGAGGAAACUUUCCCCUGCACACACACACUUGCACCACUCAAGGCUGGAGCUUCACUGAAGGAAAAUGGAGCCUUUAGAUCUCCUGGCAUUUGCCUCCACAGAAAUCGAUAGUACAACGGUCACUCUGGCUUUGCUGGCUGUCUUCCUGGUCGUACUGUACUGGUACUCCACCUCUGCGUUCUCCAAACUAAGCAAAGUAGGCAUCCGACAUCCUCCACCUCUUCCUUUCAUUGGAAAUCUGCUAUUUUUCCGUGAGGGCUUUUGGGAAAACCACACAAAACUCAUAACAGAGUAUGGACCUGUUUGUGGGUACUACAUUGGUCGCCAGAUGUUUGUGGUGGUCUCCACACCAGACAUGAUCAAGCAAAUCUUAGUGACAGACUUCAGUAACUUCACCAACAGAACUAAGCCGAACUUGAUUUCCAAGCCAAUGCUUGACAGCAUCCUUUGUCUUCGUGAUGACAGAUGGAAGUAUGUCCGGAGCCUCCUGACCCCAGCCUUCAGUGAUGCCAAACUGAAAGAGAUGACACCGCUAAUAAACCAGGCCUGUGACGUCCUGCUGUGUAACUUGAAAGUCUAUGCAGAUUCUGGCAAAGCUUUUGAUAUCCAGAGGUGUUACAACUGCUAUACCUUGGAUGUUGUUGGUACUGUAGCGUUUGGUACUGAGGUGGAUUCUCAGAAGAAUCCCAACGACCCUUUUGUUAAGAAUUGCAGAGCAUUCUUUGAAAUGUCUUUGUUUAAGCCUCUCCUCAUUCUAAUCCUUUCUUUCCCAUUCAUAAUGAUCCCAUUGCUCCGGAUUUUGCCAAACAAGAAACAAAAGGAACUGAAUAGUUUUUUUAUCCAAACCAUAAAAAAUGCAAUUGUCUUCAGAGACCAGCAAGAUGCAGCUGAGAGGCGCAGAGAUUUUCUUCAGUGGAUGCUCGACUCCCGUGACUCAGCUGACUCCCUGGCAGCUGGGUGUUUUGAUGGGAUCAGUCCAUCUUCUGCUUCCAGACAGAACGAGGCACGUCUUGCUGGCAAGGCCUCAUCUGCAAAGGUUCGGAAGACGUUAACAGAGGAUGAGAUAGCAGGCCAAGCUUUUCUGUUCCUGAUCGCUGGGUAUGAGACCACCACUAGCACGCUGUCCUUCGCCACGUACUUGCUAGCCACCAACCCAGAGUGCCAGCAGAGGGUGCUUCAGGAGGUUGAUGAGUUCUCAGCAAAACAUAUGGUCCCUGAUUGCCAAAAUGUACAAGGACUUCCUUAUCUGGACAUGGUGAUUGCAGAGACAUUGCGCAUGUACCCACCUGCAUUCAGGUUCACCCGGGAAGCAGCUAAAGACUGCAUAGUGCUGGGGCAGCAUAUUCCGGCUGGGGCCGUCAUUGAAAUUGCAGUGGGACAUCUCCACCACAACCCUGAGUUCUGGCCAGAUCCUGAGAAGUUCAUUCCUGAGAGGUUUACAGAGGAGGCCAAGAAGGAACGACAUCCCUUUGCAUACCUGCCUUUUGGUGCUGGACCCCGUGGCUGCAUUGGCAUGAAAAUGGGUUUGCUGGAGACAAAAAUUACUCUAUUGAGGAUUUUGCAGAAGUUUCAAUUUAAGACCUGCCCAGAGACUGAGAUUCCUUUGCAGCUGAAAUCAAAAGCCACACUUGGACCAAAAAAUGGAGUCUACAUUAUCCUAGAAUCUCGCUAAAAGAAAAUGUGCAUCCUAAGCCUCCUGGGAUGGGACCCCUUGUUCAGUCACUCACUGGGUAUAAUUAUUUUUCACAACCUCAAAGGCAGGCAGGAGCCUAAGUCCCACUGAUGGUCAGUAGGUACAGGUUCACUACCCUCCUGUGGGAGAGCCUCCAGUCACUUUUUAAAAUGAGAUGUGGGCUCCAUAGUAUUUUUGGUGGAUUUCAAAUUGCUGUGAAUAGUAUCUGUAAAGAAGCAUCCCACUUUCACUUGCUUUUCUACAUUACACUUCUUUUCACUCCUCUUUGGGAAUGCUUUCUUCAUGCUCAAGUUCAAUAAAUGGAGCAUAUGAUGAGCGCACACAUGAUUUACAAUAGGUUUUAAUUACAAUUCAUUAUCUCAGACAUCCUUCUUAUGCACUUAUAAGUCUCUACUGUAGCAAAAGCCCCUGAAGAACCACAGUUAUAGCAGACAACCUGUAUUUUAUCAUGAGCCCUGCUAAAAAUCAGAGCUGAGUCUCCUGCACAAUGCUUGAUAUCUCCCUGUACCUGUAAAGUGGAAGCAGUUGCACCUUCUUCAUUCUUCUUAUUUGAAAUGCAACUAGAUUAACAAUUUGCACUUGGCACAUUGUAUCAACAUGACUGAAAAGGAAUGAAGAUCCCUUGUUUGCCAGUUAAAUUUGAAUAGCUAAGACCAAAGAAAUGAGGAGACAGCCAUUUUUGCUGGCUACUGAACUGCUGUUGGAAAGGUGGAGAAAAGAAGGUACAAAUUAAAGAAAAGCAGGAAGACUGGAGGAAAUUGAUGAGUAAUCUGAUGGUGUUGGUACAACAUGUUCUUCAUGUUGAAACUUUUCAUUUCCAAGCACUGCAGCUGGCACCAUCCUUGUCCUGCAUGCACUAAAGCAAAUGACAAAGGAGUGGGAUCCAGGAUCAUCAGUCCCAGCAACUCUCCUGUUUCCUUAUGUGAUCCUGGAAUAGGUCACAUCCCAAGUGGCUCACUACACUUGGGAAGGAACUUGUCUGACUGUCAGCUGUAGCAGCACUAUUGAUCCACCCACACUGUAUGACUGGGCACACACUUCUUCACAGCCAAAGCAGUUGUGCACUUCCACUCUUCACAUUCCCUUAAUGCUCUUUCCUACAAAGCUCUUCACUCACCACACAGCUAGUGGAGCAUCCCACAGAUUUCCUUCAGUGGGCACCACAAGCUGGUUUGCUGUACAAGAAAACCAUGAGAGGAGAUGGGAGAUGGUCUCAGUGUCCUUAUUGUUCCUUUUUUUUUAAAAAAAAAAAAAAAAAAUUAUGAUUACGAAAAAUUCUUAUAGCACCAUAAAAAUAUAGAAGCACAUUUUGAUUUUUUUGCAAGUGUUGACCUUCUGCCUGCUAACGUGCUCUGCUCAAGAUUUCUUUAGGGACAGCAUCUCUCUUGGUUGUAUACACAGAGAAGUGUCAUGGCAGCAGGAGGGAGAGGCUGACUGCUCAGUUUCACUGCAAGGAUUGCUGGAAGGAGCCAUCUGCUCACUGAACCCUAGUUAGUUCCAUAGUUUCUCUCCAGCAAGCACCUUUUGCUGCCUUCUUCCCACAUGCUGCCUUAACACUGAUCAAAUUACUGUAUCUAUCUCCUGGAAGAUUUUGUCUCUCUCUCAUGGGAUUUUUUUAAUAUUCUUUUUUAUUCAAACCAGGACUGUACAGGUAAUAGUGGUGAGGUACUGACCUGGCAGUCUUGGAAUUGUGCCUGUUUCCAUGGAGGAUCUCUGGCAUGCAAAACAGAAGUGCCCUGUUACAGAAACACUGAUUAUACUAAUUACUGAUUGAGUGAUUGUUAUUUGUUUGAAAAACAACACACUGUAUAUGCUCUAGUUUCUACAUGUUAGCUAUAAUUUUUCCCGCUUGGAAAUAGUGUGCAGGCAACUGAUUUACUGUACAGCUUAUACUUAAUAACUGGUAAAAAGCUGGAUGGGCCUUACCUAAAAACUUCUCGUCUGUCUGAACGAGCAGGAAGAUCAUUACAGUCUGAAAUCAGCUGUCAAAGGCUUGUUUGACCCUUCAAGAUUUGUUAAUGUUUGUUUUUCCUUGUGUGAAUUAGCAAGUCUUUGUGUGCUUCGUUUUUGGCCAAAUACUCCAAGCCUAAGUCAAGCUUGUGCAUUUCUUCCAUACGCUGGAAGAAUGGACUGUUGCAGCUUCUCUGAAUGCUGUUUAUAUCCUCAAUAUUUAAACACAAAAAGUGCCACUAAUAUGCAGAGGAGUUGAACAAGUCAUGUUUCUAUGCCUGUACAGAGCAUUAGCAUGUUGUUGACUCCCUUGGAAAAUAACAGUACUGCAGUGACUGCAACUCUGCAUCACGUUUUUCAGGCUUGGAAACAGUACCAAGAGUCUUUCUCAGCAGCUCCUAAGUUGAAUGCAGACAGUACAUGUUCAAGUAAACUCAUUUGAGUCUGCACUAACAUUUUUUUCCACAAUCCUGCAAUGUUUUCUGGUUAGGAAGUAUUACCCAUUUUCACCUGUUAGUUUGUAGUGGUAUGGAAUAGAGGAGUUAUUUUUGCAGUUGUGAGCCAAGUUAGAUCUCUGGAAGCACAUAAUCCUUUCUUCUAAGUGCAGGCCUAGAGAAACAGCUAGAGAAAUAAGAUAGAGAGAAGGCAGCCAACUUUCCAGAAAUAAAGGAAGAGCCCCAAGCUAUUCUUUCCUUUUAAACAACAGCUGCUGGUACAGUCACCAGACACUGAACAGACAUUUUACCAGGUUACUUAAUGAUGCUGGCCCUGGCUUUGGCUGCAUGGGCUCAGCAACACACCUGAAUAGCAAGUUGUCUUGAGGGACCUGCACUGCUCUAGCCCCCUGGAAGCACACAGUCACAAAAAAACCCCACAACACAACAAAACCCAAACCCAAAACAACAAAAAACAAGACACAGGACUCACAGCAGCUCUCCAAAACAGAAACUGGUAAUAUGUUAAGCACAGUGUGCUUGUGCACCCAUUUAACAUGGUCCUGAAAUGAUCCUGAGCAGAGCUGGCUUUAGGAUUCAUAAAAAAACCCCCACAAAACCAACCAACCAAAAAAACCCCUCAAAUCUACAAAAAAAAAACAACCCCAAAACCCAAACCAAAACAAGGCAUUAUGUUUAUAGUUGCAAGGUCAAAACAUAAUUUUAUAUCCUUACGUUCUGGUAACUAUUAGCACGUCUGUUACAGCAUGCUUCAGUCAACAGCAGUUGAGUCUAGGGGUGAACAAGGAAGCUGAUUUAAAAUAAUUUCUCUCCUCAGAAACAGUAAGUGGGUUUUCUUGCAUUCCUGAGCUCUGAGUUUGUUUAAAAUUGGGCAUGUCUGUUUUACAGAAGGGUUUUAGUCAUUCUCUGACAGCUGAUAUAAAGCAAAGGCUGCUUGGUAAAGGAAAGCUUCUAUUAAAAACAUCUUCUGGGACUUUGCAAUGAUUACAGCAAGCUGUCAGAAUAAAAUGGCAUUUUUAAUGAGACUGCUGAUACAGAAAACCCUUACUGUUUUGUACUUUAUAAAUAGUAUUCCUAGAAAAAUUCAGAUGGGUGUUAGAAAUGAUUAUGCAAAUUUGUCUAUUCUUACCUGAAAUUAAACUGCAGAAUGUCCUCUCUGUGUGUGAUAGUUUCUGAAAUGACCACCUUCUCAUUUCCCUUUGUUAAAUGAUGGACACAGUUUCACCUAAUAUCAGAGUCUUCUAUGCAUUUUCAGUAGUAAAUGUGCUAAAAGAAUUAAAAACUGUCUUAUAAACUUUAUUUCAUUGCUUG